UGUCACGUAACCUGUCCUGUUACGGUGAUGGAGUGUAGGCGAGAUAUAGUGGCGGCCCAUUUAAUCAACUGUCAGAAUCUAAGUAGUUGCUCAUCAAGUAAGAAUUAAUUCAGCAUCCAGGAAAGAAAAAAAAAGGGAAAAUUUUCAUUUGAAAAGCUUCCAGAUAUCUGUUUUCUCAAAUAUCAAAGACCUUUGGUCCCAAGUCAAUAUCAUCAACCUCAGAUCCAAUUGAAUCAGAAAAAACAAACAACCCAACCUCUUCUGUGUUCCUGUGGACUGUUUUUCUCUGCUCUGGAUUGCUUGGUCUGCCCAGUUUGGUUCAAGUAUUGUUAGAACAACAUCAGUAGCAAACCCAUGUCUGGAAAUUCAGUUCAACUCAUGCUUCAGCUGUUCUCAGGUUGCAUUUUGUUAAUUGCUGCAUAAUCUUGGAGAUAAUUAAAAGGAAGAGAAAAUGAGGAUGAGGAACAAAUACAGGAAACCAACCACUUUCCAUUGCAAUGCAGGGAGCAGAUGUUCAACGUCUGCUGUGGUGUGGAGCUUGGUGGGAUGUUUUCUUAUGUUUCAGCUGUACUCCCUUGUUCACCAAAAUGAUAGGAUGGGAGGAGAAAUGGAAUUUCGAUCAACUCAUCACCCACAGUUCCAUGAACUUGAAGAGGUGGAAGAGGAAAAUAUCCAAAUUCCCCCACCAAGAAAGCGAUCCCCACGUGCUGCAAAAAGAAAACCUAGGCGACCAACCACUCUGAUUGAUGAAUUUCUUGAUGAAAAUUCUCAAAUUAGACACAUAUUCUUUCCUGGCCAGAAGCAUGUUAUAGAUCCAAUGAAGGAUACAGGGAAUGAUAGCUAUUACUACUACCCUGGGAGGAUUUGGUUGGAUACUGAUGGAAAUCCUAUUCAAGCUCAUGGAGGUGGUAUUCUAUAUGAUGACAAAUUGAGGACAUACUAUUGGUAUGGGGAGUAUAAAGAUGGGCCCACAUAUCAUGCUCAUAAAAAAGGAGCAGCCCGGGUUGACAUCAUAGGAGUUGGUUGCUAUUCUUCCAGAGACUUAUGGAAAUGGAAAAAUGAAGGCAUCGUAUUAGCAGCAGAAAAAACAAACGAAACACAUGAUCUCCACGAAUUAAAUGUUCUCGAGAGGCCAAAAGUGAUUUACAAUGAGCGGACAGGGAAGUAUGUUAUGUGGAUGCAUAUUGAUGAUGUUAACUACACCAAAGCUGCUGUUGGUAUUGCCAUUAGUGAUUACCCUACUGGUCCUUUUGAUUAUCUCUACAGCAAACGACCCCAUGGAUUUGACAGUAGGGACAUGACAAUCUUCAAAGAUGAUGACGGUGUUGCAUAUCUAAUCUACUCCUCCGAGGACAAUAGUGAACUUCAUAUUGGGCCACUAACUGAAGAUUAUCUUGAUGUGACAAACAUCGUGAGAAGAGUUCUCGUGGGACAACAUCGGGAAGCCCCAGCUCUGUUCAAGUAUGAAGGAACUUAUUACAUGAUCACUUCAGGAUGCACUGGAUGGGCUCCAAAUGAGGCACUGGCCCAUGCAGCAGAGUCGAUCAUGGGGCCAUGGGAGCCUAUGGGAAACCCCUGUGCGGGAGGGAACAAAGUGUCCCGACUUACUACAUUUUUUGCACAGAGCACAUUUGUGGUUCCUGUGCCAGCAUUUCCUGGUUCAUUUAUUUUCAUGGCAGAUCGAUGGAACCCAGCAGACUUAAGGGACUCAAGAUAUGUCUGGUUGCCUUUGAUAGUAGGGGGACCGGCUGAUAGGCCCCUUGAUUACAAUUUUGGGUUCCCAUUAUGGUCAAGAGUGUCAAUAUAUUGGCAUAGAAAGUGGAGACUUCCUCGGGGGUGGAGUUCUUUGAAAUGAAUAUAGGUUUCCCUCAUAUCAUCUGGUGUAUCAUACAUGAAGGCUAUGCUGAUUCUUUCACUGGCUUGCCAUGGUUGUUGUGUUACUGUAAAUGAAGAGCAUUUGCAAAUUGCAUAUAGUCCACUUGCGCAUGGCACACAAAGGCGUGUGUAGGAUGAUCAAUCUCAAGCACUGUCAAUGAACCCCUCAUUUUUUUAGAUUAUGUUAAUAUUAGCUAGCUUUGAGGCAGAGUGUAUGCUUGCAGGGAAAGAUUACUUAUUAUCUAACAGUUUUGCUAAUAAUCACUUGAUGUUGUCCUUAAUUGAAGUUCAUUAUGUGCAUGAAUGGUAUGUAUGUCUUUAUGUGUGACGGGCUCAGCCACAGAUGGGUCUUUGGACCUUUUGCCUGAAGCAUACCGAGUGUUUUCUGA